AUGACGUCGUACGGUUCCUCCGGCGGCGUAGAGUUCGCGCUGAACAAGCGCCACAUGCCGCGAUCGCAGGUCGAGGCCGUCCCGAUCGAUGACGUGGAUAUCUCCGAUGACGACUCGUCCUCGAUCAACCCGUCGUCGCUGCGCGCCAACUUCCUUCCGCCAAACCUCGACCUCCCCGCGCUCGACCCGACCACCAUCGACCGCUACGGCUCGCUGCACGACAGCUCCCCCUUCUUCUCGCCCGUCUUCGCACACCUCCCGUCCAUCCGCCCGGACAAGCUGCACGUCGCUUCGGAAGACGCCCAGACCCUGCGCCGCAAGCUCAUGCGCGACUCAAACAUCCUCAUCAUACAGGGCGGCUAUUCGGGGAAGACGUUCAUCUACGAGCGUCUGCGCGACCUUGGCGUCAAUCUUUACAUCCUGGACGGGCCGGACUCGGUAUGGAAGAAGGCUGCGGAGGACGGCCUCAUAGUCGACUUCAUCGAGCUCGACUUCACCGACAACGACACUAUCUUCCCGCGCGCCAUGGACGCCAUCGUGGACGCCGGCCUGGACGUCCAAUUCGACGCCGUCACCACGUACUAUGAGGACGCCGUCGCCCUCGCCGCACGCAUUGGCACUGCUAUGGGGCUCACCGUCAACGACGUCGAAGCGUGCGACCGAGCGCGCAACAAGCGCCGCACAAGGGAAGUCAUGGCCGUCGCAGGCUUGCCUGUACCGCUCUUUCAAAAGGUUCUCGGCGAGGAGGAUAUCCCGCGUGCUUGCGAGCAUGUUGGGUUUCCACUCAUUUUGAAGCCGGUCUAUGGCGCCGCUUCUAUGGGCGUGACAAAAGCGCAUAGUACCGAAGAAGCUGUCGGCGCCUAUCGCAAGCUCUUUAAGACGUUCGAUGUCAAAGAGGAUACCAUCUGGGCGCAGGGCACCGAGAUGGUUAUUGAAGAAUUUUAUGAUGGUGAUGAAUUUGAUAUUGAUAUCUUGCUCUCUGACGGCAUCGCGGUCUAUGCCAAGGUGUCGGACAACUGGGCCUGCUGCGACCCGUGGUUUCAGGAGACCGGCACCAAUUGCCCCUCGCUGUAUCCUCAGGAUAAGCAGAACGAGCUGAUCAAGCUGGCUGUUGACUCCACGCUGUCGUUAGGGUUUAAGUAUGGUUCCUUCCACGUCGAGUGCAAGUACACCUCUCGAGGGCCGCGUAUGAUUGAGGUGAACGCACGAAUGGGAGGAGUCUCAGUACGUGAUGCCAAUUUAAUCGCAUGGGGAGUGGACCUCGUGGAGGAACAUGCCAUGGCCAUGCUCAAAAUCCCAAUCCGGCCACUCUUUGAAAAGCCACUAAAGUACUUCGCCGAGUCGGCCAUCAAUGCGCCCUACUCGGGCACCAUUAACACCGACAACUGGUUAGAUUUUGCUCUUGAAAACCCCUUGGUCCAUAAGAUUAGCUACUUUAAACACAAAGGGGAUGUUGUGGUUGGGCCGAAGGACAGUGUGCCCGAUUGGAUGGCGGAGAUCAUCGUUGUCAGCGAGGAAAACCAGGAAGAAGCUAUCAAACUCAUUCGCUCAGUGAUGAAGAAGGCCGAAGUCCCGAUUACUGCCAAGGAGUUCGAAACCGAACGGGCCUUUUUCUUCCCAGACUAUGCGCAUCCAUUUUGCUAA